AAUUAUUUUCCUCUACAAACCUUAAUAUAAAAAAUUCAAUCUCUCUACUCGCAGCUUCGUCAUUUCCAAUGAAUAAGCAAGAAUAAUACUCUUGUAUGAUGGCAAUUUCGUCAUUCCGAUGAAUAAGCAAGAAUUGUACUCUUUCCAUAGGGGUAAGUUCGUCAUUUCCAAUUGAAUAAGCAAGAUAACCAAAUCGUAUAUAUUAAAAAAGAUUCGUCUAAUCACUCUGUUACUAUUCUGUUUAUCAUUUAUCUCUUUCUCUCUACCACCAACAAAGAUUUUCUCUCAUUUUCUCGGGAAAAAAUCCACGAAAAUGACAUCUCCUCAUGACGACGAAGCUUCUUCAUCAAACCCUCCUCCACCACUAACCGCAUCACGUAUCUACAUCGGAAACAAAGCAAAAGAGAUUCUCGCAACACGUGACAUCACCGGAAUCACAAAACUCGUCACUAACCUCUGUUACGGUAAAGAAACAGAUCAAUCUUCAAAGCUUCUCUACGAAACCUUCUCAAAACAUUUCCCAAACAUUUUAGUCUCAAAACUCCUCCAAAUCUACAGUUUCGGUACCGAUAUAACCCCGAAGAUUCGAUCUUUUUCAGUCUAUCUCCUCGAUUCACUUCUCAUGGAUAUCGACGAUUUACGCGGUGGUUUGAAGAAAGAGUCUUUGAAUGAUAUCAAGAACCAUGUAAGUUCUUGCCUUCUCACGCAAGAAACUUCUGAUGAAGACUUUAAACUCCUCUCAAGAAUCGUAUCUCGUGUCUCUGUUGAUGUUUUCAUUGCAAGCAAGCCAUGGUACGAGCUCUGUUCUUAUAUUCUUUCAUUAGAUGGGAAUAAAAAAGCUCUGUUGUUGUUUAGUGAAUUGCCAACGCUUCUUGAUGAAGAGUUCUUGAUGCCGUUGUUGGAGAAUGGUUUUGGUUUAAAGAUUGUUAAUGUGUUGUUGAUGAAUCAAGAUUAUGAUGAAGAAGAAUGGUGCUUAGGUUUAGAAGCUGGGUUUAGUUUGAUACUUCAGCUUGUGAAUUUGAAGAAUAAGAGUUUGGUUUGGGAUUUGGUUUACGUGAUUGUGAAAUCGGUUUGGGAGAUGGUUAAUGUGAAGAGAAGAGAGGUUGUUGUGCGUAAAGGGUUUGUUAGAGUUGCUAAGAAAGUUAGAAGAGAAGCUUUGAGGUUUCGUGAGCAUGAGUAUGAAGUUGUGUCACGUUUAGGUUUGAUGAUACAAAGGAUUAAUGGACUUGGUGAAGUUACGAUGAUGAUGGUGACGAUGAUUCAUGAAGUUCUUGAGAGGUAUUACAUGGGAGGUCAAGUGUUGAAUCAUGGUUUGCUUAAUCAGUUUUUGUAAUUGGUUUUUUAGUGACAAGUCUUGAUUUUGUUGACGAGAUUGCACAAAUAGGUUCCUUCUUGGUGUCUAUUCAUGUUGGUAUGGAUUCGUUUUGUGAUCACGCUUAUGUUUCGAGUCCAUGAAUGAUGUUGGAGUUGAAUAUAGCAUAACGUCGUUGUAAAAUUCAUUUUAAUGUUUUGUCACUAUAAUAGCAUAAUUAGAUAGAGUACCAUCGUAAAUCAGUCAUAACUUCUCGUCAUUAAUCUAGGAACAACAUUGAGACAAAAUACAUUCAUUGAAAAUCCCA